AUGGAAACACGGACUACUGCGCCUUAUCUCGAUGAUGACAAGGCGCAGUUUAGAAUGAGCUUCGAAUUUUUUGAUGCUGCAUUAUCAACAUCAGAGAUCAAGCCAUUGCAUUUAAAAUUACCCGGAAAGCGAAAUACACCAAAAAUCUUUCGUUCGCCAGAUAAAAGAUAUUCGUCUAGUGCACCACUUAAUAGUUUAAUCAAUCAAAAUUCUCAAGAUAAGUAUGAAGAUGCAAAAGAUAGCGUAAAUAGAAUUUCUUUAUCUGAAACAUCAGAUAAGCUUGCAGCAAGACCGAGAAAUAGGAAGCAGUCAUCAAUGCUUAACAAAUCAACAGAAUUAUUCAAUACAGGAACUCAUUCAUCUUUUUCGAGGGAGAAAUUCCAAAGUACUGAGAUUUUGACACCUCCAAAGGAAUCGUUGCUUGGUAAAUCACAAUCCCAAGAGACUAUUGAUAAAAAUUUCGAUCCUUUUUCUGACGGAAAAGAACUUACAUUUUCAGGUUUGUACUUUCUACCAUGCAGUCCUAAGCAGACCAUCAAUAUGACAUUCAAAAUUAAUGAUGAUGGACGCAGUUCUAUCAUAUAUUCUUUGUUUCUUCCAGCGGAUCUUGAUAAAAUACAGAGAUUAAGCGCUCAUGUAUAUGGAGGGAAUAGAGGUGCAAGAAUUGAAUUGUUUUUUGGAGAUAAAAUGAUCGGGGAAUUAAGAUAUAACGCUUUGAAAAAAUAUCAGAAUGUUUGCAUGACGGGACUAUCACCACCAGCAGAAAUAUGCGCUAUACUACUUAAUUCAAACCCAAAACUCCAAUAUUUUGAUCUGGUCAUCCCAGCAUUAAAAAAAAUCAACGGCCGAUAUCAAUCUUUCUGCGUAGACAUUCGGGAGGAUUCAAUGCUAGUUGAAUAUGUAUCGCGAAUGGCAAAAGAAUCAAUAAGAAUGAAAAUGAGACUUCCAACUCAGGUUGGAGAUACUUAUGACACAACAUUUGACGGAAAACUAUCAUUACCGGGAGCAAAUAACUUUAUUCUUUACCAUGAAUCUAACCACAAAAGAGAUGUGAUGACUUUUGGAAAAUUUGAUGACACAACAUAUAAUAUUGUAUGCGGUUACCCAUUGUCACCAAUCCAAGCGUUUGCAGCAGCUAUUGCAGCAUCACUACCUUCAUAA